AAUGAGUGGCAAUGCCAUGCCAAGCGUGCGAGGCGAUCAAAUUGGAUUGAACUCACGGCACAGAGCAGCACCGCAGCAACUGCAGAUCUUCGAUACGACGACGAAUUGCGGAGCUCAGAGGAAUUAAUUUUCUCUCUGCAAUAUGGAAUUCUUGGUAGCAACGCUAAUUUUCGUGUCGAUUGGAAUUGUCGCGUCCCUUUUGACCAGAAUUUGUUACAACAAAGGACCUUCUGCUAAUCUAUUUCAUCUAACUCUGGUUCUUACUGCAACAGUGUGCUGCUGGAUGAUGUGGGCGAUUGUAUAUCUGGCACAGAUGAAACCGCUCAUAGUACCUAUCUUGAGUGAGGGCGAAUAAUUUUCUGUAUAGAGUGAAACUGCGUAAAGAAUAUGAAUCACAGC